GGAGGAGGCUGGAAAGCAGAGGAAGAAAAGGGAGGAGGAGGAUUCUCUCUCUCCGGUUCUCUCGACCCUGCUCUCCCGCUGCACCCCGGCCCGCGGAUGGCUGCUCUCCGGCGGCUGUAGAUGUUGAACUUGAUGGGAGUUCCCAACAACACCACCGCCGCCAAUGUCUCGUCGUGCACUUGUAACUGCAAGCGCUUCACCUCGCUGCAGAGCAUGGAGAUCACCCAGCUGGAGUUCGUCCAGAUCCUGGUGAUCGUGGUGGUGAUGAUGGUGAUGGUGGUGGUCAUCACCUGUCUGUUGAACCACUACCGCCUAUCAGCACGCUCGCUGCUCUCCAGACACGCCCCCACGCGCAGGAGACACCUGCCGCUGGCCAACGAGGGCAGUCUGUGGUCGUCUGAGGGCACCGGGGCAAACGGUGGUCUGAACGAGGUGUACAACCCUCGCCCUCCGGACCGCGGCGUCCACUCGUCCUACCUGCAGCGGGAGCCGCCGCACGGCCAGUCGCAGCCCGCCCUCCAGUCGCAGCGCUUCCAGCACACGUACGCCCCGAGUCGCUUCCAGCCGACGUACCCCUACCUGCCCCAGAGCCUCAUCGACCUCCCCCCCACCAUCUCCCUCUCAGACGGGGAGGAGCCGCCGCCCUACCAGGGGCCGUGCACCCUGCAGCUCCGAGACCCGGAGCAACAGAUGGAGCUGAACCGCGAGUCGGUCCGAGCGCCGCCCAACAGAACCGUGUUCGACUCGCACCCCCUCGACCCAUCCAACUCCUGUCUGCAGGCCAGUCUGCAGGCUCCUCCCCCGAGCGUCCAUUCGGGCAUCAGUGUGUUAGAAGCCCAGGAGGCCUUGUCCCGGCACCAGAAGCAGAGCUCUCGAGUGGAGGGAGCCCCCCCGGCCUACAGCGAGGUGAUCGGGCACUACUACCACCCGACCGCCCUGAACUCCAGCCACAACCAUCGGACUGUUCCAUCCGCACAAGCGCCCCCGUCCUCGCUCAUACAUGGUCUGAUCCGACCUCCGCCUCAGCAGCAAGGAAGUGUGGACAACAGGAACGCAAGGAAUACAAAGGAGAAAUCCCAGAAGCCCCAGCAAGUGUGACAGAACUGUUUCCUCUUUUCUAGCCCGCAGGAAGGAUUAUGCCUCGCCACUUUGGGGAAACGGUCAGCAGCCAACAAGGAGCAACCUGGUCGGUGGUUCACUCCACAGGUUUAAGGGCUGGUUAGUUGUGGUCGUGGCUGACACGGUUUCCCCUUCAUCACGGACCGGGCUAGGAGCGAGAGGCAGCAGCGCACGCCGGCUUCUCGUUAGGUAGGAACAUCUGGAACCCGCAUCAUUCCUGCAGAGCAUGGUCGCAGGAGAACAUCUGGUCCUUCCUGCUCCACAGUUUCCUGUGCACUUCGGAUGAACCGACGACGAUGACGACGAUGUCCGAGAAGGAGGUUGAAGGGCGGAGGCGGGGGAGAAGGCGGAUACAGAUGUGCCUCCUCCUCCCCCACAGCACCUCCUCUCGCUGCGGCUCAUCGCUCCUCCACGACUGAACUAGCCUUCACUCAUUAUAAAUAUUUACUCGUUCUGUUUGUUUUCUGUAGAACUUUCUCUUUUGUUUGUUCCACGCUUACAGGAUCGUUUCUAUCCAGGCGAAACGGUGAAAUGUUGCAGUCUCCUUGGUUCUUCCAGGAUUUGUUUUUGU